AUGUUCGCAGCUCCGAGGGGCGCGGAGAUUUACACCUCCUCCCCCUCCGCACGCGCCGCCCUGGGCUUUGAAGUUCCGCGGCUCCGGGUUGGGGCAGGGGAGGUCGGUUUCCCCCUGCCCGUUGUCCGGGGUUUUAAUAUUCCUGUCACGUCCUCAGUGCAGCUACGGCUGGGAGGGAUGGAAGCCGUGGGGGAAAGUUCCGGGCGACAUCCUCGCAAGGCCGCGGGAGGCAGGGAGGCGUCUCACGCCCAACUGUCCUGCCUUGACACCCCCGGCCGGACUCAGCUCAGCUUGGCCGAAAACACACUGAAACCGGAGUGA